GUUCGAAUGGGAAGCAGAGACGGCUAAGUUGCCUUUGAAACAAUAAAAAUCUAAUCAAAAGUCAAUGUCAUUUUAAUUGUCACCAGUGUUCGUUGUUAAAAUUCUCGUGAAAAAUUCCCCUAAUGGCAGAAAAUAAAGAAGGAAGUGAUGACAUAGCACCAGAGGCAUAUGAAGAUGCUCAACAAGAACCACAUGAUGUUGCACCAACACUUGAAGAAUCUGAAUCACCAGUUGAAACACCUGAAAUAACACCAACUAAGGAACCUGAAUCUACAAAUAAGCCACCCGAAGGAGCAGUCAAAACGUCUGACUCACCAUUCCAAGGCUGGGAAAAAAAAAAAAAAGUUCUAGUAGAUCCCAACGCUACAAUAAAGGAUAUUUUAGAAAACUCAAACUAUCUGACAGCCCUUCCGGUUAUUCCCGAAGGAGAAACUUCUUAUAAACCAAUUUUGUAUACCUUUCGAGUGAAAGCAAAAGGGAGAGCGACUAAAUUGAAACAUAUUACAACAAAACCGCCACCGUUUUAUUUACAAUUUGAUCACGCUAUUGCUGUUAUUUGGACGUUGUUUAAUAAGGAAUCAAAUAGGGAUAAUCUUGGAAUCGUUCAAUUGCAAUGGGCCCUUCACUUCUUGGAAGGUAUUUAUAACGAUGAGGGAGUACACCCUAAAGACGUACAACUUUGCAUUACCACCAUUCAGGAUUAUCUAAUCGCUGAAUAUGCAGAAAUGUCUGAAGAAUCUGUUAUCUACGGUCAUUCUACUUAUGGCGAUUUUAUUAAAAAAGAAGCCAUAGAUGCUCCAUUUUCUCCGAAUUAUUCACAAAUGAUCGAAAAAUGUCCAAAGAUUAGUAGUGCUGAAGGAGACGAUUCAAUGAUGCUUGAUCAAAAUCUCAUAACAGAGUUAGAAAAUGUGAAGAAAGUUGUUGGAAUUGAAUCUAUUGAUUUGACAAAAGUUGUCUCAAAAGAUCAAGUAAUGAGUAUUUUGAACGAAUGGAAGAAAGAACAAAUUGGGAAGAUUCAAGACGAGUUGAAAAUGUUGUACGUUGUUGAGGAUAUGUUGAAGAACUCGGAUUCGCAACAUUUUGAUGGUUACACAGACGAGUCGCAGUUUGAAACUAUAUUUCGGAAAAAUAAAUAGAAGUUAAAACUUAA